CUACUCUGAGUAUAUGCAACAAGAAUUACAAUUCAUCACAGUGUUACCAAUCGAUUUCAAAAUGUCCUUAUACAGAAGUAAAACUAUGGAAACACAAGAAGAGUUAAUCGAACUUUUGGAGGAUUUAGACAAAGCAAGAGACAACAGUAAAGAACCUCUCUCGUUACAAGAACGUUAUGAACGAGCCUGUAAAGAGCAACUCUUCCAAGAAGUCCAACAAUCGUAUGUGAUGUAUGAUUGCGAUCAAGUAGAUAAAUGGAAUCAAGAGGUUCAAGAGAAAAAAAAAAGGCUCGCUAAGCAAAUACUCUAUUUACGGUCAGAACUUGAAAAACUGAGAAUGCACCUACUAGAAAAAGAGCCCCCUCAAGAAAUCAAAGAAGAAGUCUUGCUAGAGGUUGAAGAAAUAAACGAGAGAGUAAAACAGCUAGAAGAGGAACGGAAUAAAUGGGAAAAGUACGAUGAGGAUUUUGAAGCACAGCGUGCAAAGAGGAAAAAAGUACUGGAGAACAAAUUAUCUGCAAUGAGAGAAGAAUUAGAAAAUGCAAGAGAACUGAAAGCCAUGCAAACGAUAACAAAGAGGACGGCAAUGAAAAUGCAAGGAAUCUGAUGGGCCAGUGGACAAAGAUAUUUGGUUAUAAAACCAGGAUGGUGUUAAUACUCUUCGUGCUGCUGUUAGCGGCCAUGUUCUUAAUCAUCACAUUCAAGAGUUAUGGUCCUUGCUACACCCUAAUAGAACUGGACCUCUAUUCAUUAUGGGCCAGUCCUGAAAAUAACUUUUUACAGUAUUUUGACCUCUACCAUGUUACACCUCCUGCUUAUUGAUGGGAUAGCAGCAUGCUUAAUGAAAUAUUGGCGACUAGUUUGUGGAUACAAUUUGUCAGACUAAUUGACUGUUGAGCAGGAUUUCCCAUAAAGGUUGAUAGACUUGCCCAAGGUGAAGGCUUACCAUCCAAAACUUUGGCUAAUGCAAUACUAAUUACUAAUAGUCCCACUGCCCCUUCCAUGCAAUGUAGUGUUCAAUGAACUCUGCAUGGUCUUUACCCAAGUCCAGUAUCCAAGACUUUAGUGAAAAAAGAAGUUAUGUACUCACUAUAAUGAUCCCCUCCCACCAUCCCCCAUCCUUAUGCAAUUUCUGGAAGA